CAGAAGCGGAAACUCUUGUGAGGGGGGCGAGUCUGUUCGGAGAGUCCGUUUUAAUGAAGAACCUUGCGGGCAGCUUUAAGGCCAACAAUAGAACAUUACACGUCUGCAAAGAUGAAAAGAAAAGUGGCCAAAGCUGUGGGACUUAGACUUAGUCCUAAUGAAGAAGCUCAGCUGCUGAAAGAAGAACAUGAAAGGAGAAGGAAAUUAAGGCUACAGCAGGUUAGAGAGCAGGAGAAGAAUAUUGCUUUGCAGAUAAGGCGAGAUGUUAAGCAGAGAAGAGAUGAGCAGCUGCAUCAUUUGGCAGAAGAACUGAAAGCAGAGUGGCAAAGAGCACAAAAUGAAAAGAUUCAAGCCUUGGAGAAGCUUUAUCUGUCAAGCUUAAGAGCUAUAGGAGAAGGGCAUAGACAGGCAAAGGAAAAUGAACCAGAUUUGGAGGCUCUGGCCAAGCUGGCAAAGGAAAGGAAACAAAGAGCAGAAAAGAGGCAUAAGGAAGCGCUAAAGGAGCAGAAAAAUAAAAAAGAGAAGUUGCUGAGGGAGCAAACAAGGAGAACAAAUGCACGGAAGAACGCGUUGGAUGUAGAAAAAGAGAGAGCUGCUAAAAUUGCAAGCCUACCGCCUCCUCCCCCUCCCCCCUUUGAAAAUAUUGAGUUGAAGAGUGUUUCUACAGUGAAAGUCUGUGAUACUGACACUUUUUCGAUCACUCGCCAUCAUCUCUGUGAUCUUCAUCAUCUCUGUGAUCCAUAUGUAGAUAGAGAAAUGAACAUAGACCAGCCAGAUGCUCGGUUACUUGCCAAGGUGGAAGCCAAACGGAAGGAAGGACUGCAAAGCAAUGAAGAGAGAGAGAGGAGGGAGCAGCAAGAAAAAGCUCGCCUAAGAGGGAAGCAUGCCUUGAAGAUGGUCCGCCUUGCACGAGACAGGGAAAAGCUGAUGAAAGAGCUUGAACAUAUGCAGAAUAUGGACCUUGCACGCAGAAGACAGAUUGUUGCCCAGAUGCCACCUCAGUUGUUUCUGCCGCCCUACAAGCGUGUGGAAAUCAGGGAAGAAUGGCAGAGAGAGCUGGAGUGUGCAUUCGAAGACAUGUAUACUGGAGACAGGAAAAUGAAAGGAGACCUUAUUUUGCACCUUGACCCACAGCCCUUACCAACCUUCACUGGUAGAUCUCAAGAUGAUGAGCUGGAACUCUCCCAGGAGCCAGGUUCUGUGUUUGAGGUGCCACCAAGUUUGCCGGAUGAGGUGAAGGACAGUGAGCCAAGUAGUAGUGAAGUUGAAAAGCCACCCGAGCCUCAGUCAAAAUUGGCUCUUAAAAAAUUGCUAAACAAGAUCAGGAACCAAAAAGACCAUUGGACAACAGGAAGUGAACCAGAAAUUACAAGUGAAAUUGAAUCAAUUGAAUCUGGAACAAUUUCUAGUAGAGAGAGAAGAUUAUAUGACUCCGAAUCUGAGCCUGAACCAAAGAGUGAUCCUGUCUCUGAAGCCAGGGAGCCGUCACAGAUACUGGACCAAAGUAUUGUUGCUGGAAAUGUAGGUCUGGAUCACCCACAAGAACAAGUAACUAAACUCAGAAAGGAAGCAGAAAGACAAAACCAGAUAGAGCACCUAAAGCAACAGCAGUUGGCAUUGCUUCAGCAAAUUGAACAGCAGAAAAACCGUCUGGAGGCGGAUUUUCUGAAGGCUCAGAUGCAGCGCCAGGAGCAGGAAUUUAAAAAAGAGCAAGAAAUGAAGGAUCAAGAAUCCCAAAUGGAACAAGUGAAUAUUAGGGUCCCUUUUGUACACCAGCAGCAGGAAGUACAACAUAAGGUGAAGGAGAAAAGCGGCAGUUGUGUAGAGGGUGAUCCUAUGGAGGAUGAUCAUAUACAGAUGAUUCGCGACUAUCAGCAACGCCUUCUAAUCCAAAACAGGAUGCACAGAGCGUCGGUCGAGGAAGCCAGGAAGCGUCUGCAUGAGUAUCAGAACAAGCUGAAACAGAGAUACCGCUUAGUUUCUGCAUCAUUGCGUGGUCCUGCUAACAGACUUGCACAGCAAGAUUCUCUCCCUGACGUGCCAUCACAAUUACAAGGUUAUCGUGGUUUGCAGAGAGUUAAUCUAGCAGCAGAGCAGCCAUUUGGGACUGCUCCUGUACAGGAGUCAGCUGAGCAUUCAAAACUGCCUUGGAUGUUGGCAGUGCCAUCAUCAGAGCAGGGGGGAACAGAACAACGGUUUGAUGUGGGCAGCGGGCAUGUGUGUACUCUGGAGGGUCAAAGGCCUUUUCAGUUGUCACAGGCUUACGGUUCGCACCAACAGACAGAAAAACUGGGUGCGGUGGAGACACCUUCGGCACAGUCAUUGGAAUUUCACAGCAUUCCAGAAUCAUUAAUGCUUAAGUCACAGGACACUUCUGUUACAACUCAGCCAGUGGCUGAAACACAGCGUGCCCCGUUCACUUUCCCUGUGGGCAGCUCUUCUGUGUCUUCAGAAACACUCUGGUCUGAUAAACUGACGUCUCAUGCACCUCCAGCGGAGAAGAUUCUCCUGCCAGCAACUUUAAAGCACCAGCACAUACCUCCCGAAAGUUGGACAAGAACAACCUUGGAGCAAGCUUACCUCCCUCCUUUGCGGCCCCUCUCGCCUGUGCUUUCCUUUGUUUCUAGCGAGAGUCAAAAGACUCAGGAAUCCUACGCGUUAAAAAAUGGAAUUGGACCCACACCUGGUUAUUCUGAUAUAGUGGAAUUAAGGGACAGAAUGAUGUCUUCCUCUGAGAGCAUUCAAGCUCAGCAAGAACACUUGAAAGAACUGCAAAAGCAGCUAGAUAAGCAAAGGGAAUCUCUUCUUUCUCGGCAGAAGGUACAAGAGGACUUGCUCAUGAAAAAGCAUACUCAUCUGAAACAACAAAUGGAACAGCAGCAGGAAGCUUUAAAGGAGUUUAUUAAAAAGGCAGGACAGUCCAGCACAUGCAGAGAUAUGACGGAACAGCGAGAGACUGACGACUUCCAUCUGCUGCCAACACUAGGAGCAAAAGACAGCAACGAAGAAGUGGUUCAAGUUGCUGAAAGGAGCAGUCAUGCUGAAAAGGACAUUUUGUUUCAUAGUGUUUGUCCAAAUCAACAGAUUGAGCGAUUGCAAGACACCUGGGGAAGAGAACAGACAUGGAGACUUUCAAAGCCACCUUUGUCAAAAAUAAAGCUAGGGCUUGAUUUGGAACAGCAUGAACUUAGCGUUAUACCAGAACUUGACACACCGCGAAGUGGCAGACUUUCCUCUACAGGUUACAGAGAACCUCUUACUGGAGAUACUUGCCUGGCUUCAAGAGCCAAUAAGUGGCAGUCCAGCAUCAGUCUAGAUGAAGAUCUCCAUGAAGAAACAGAUUUAUUAAGGAUUACGGCGGAUGGCCAAGAACCAAGUUCUGAUGAAAGUGAGAUCCAGUUCAAUGACUUAUGGUGUGAUAAGUCAGCGAUGGAAGCCGGUGGCUUGUGUGACUCGGCCCACUCCUACGAACUCACUCUUAGAGAUGGAGGCUUACGGAGCGCUGAUGAUACCGGAAAGAUAAUAGCUACAUAUCCUGAUCCUUCAUUUAGUCCUGAUUGUAUGGUAACACUUUCUACAGAAUGGUGCCCUUCUCCAUUGAGUCCACAGACAUCUACACAACAGGUAGCAUGUGGCUAUUUCUCUUCAGCUUCACUUUCUGCUACCAGCUUCAUUGCGAAUUCCAAUCCUGACGGAAGUCUUGCCAAUACAGAGUCGCAUUCAGGCAGGAAACAACCGGGUCAUUUCAGUUCUCCUUUGAAAGAGAAAGCAAAUACUGCUUUGGAUCCUUCAGUUUCUCUGCUGUGUAAACAGGAUGAUCCUUCAGAAGCUUCUGGCUCCCAUCUGUUUGGAGAAAUGUUGCACUCGGAUAGACAUAAAAUUCAACAGAUCAUAGACAAAUAUACAAGAGAUUUCAGCUGGUCAUCUUUAAGCAACGUCUCUUCCCAUGAUCCAGCAGUUGAUACUACUGACCUUGAGAAAAGUUUUCCAAAUUUCCACCGUGAGCUUUUUAAGCCUUUGGAACCAAGACCUGACUUUGAUAUGCUCUCAACCUUGUCUCAGAACAGCAAGAACCUAAGCAAGAAUUCCACUUUAUUGAAGAGCCAUGAAUUAACAGCUUCCAGCUUGGAAGAAGGAAGCAACAACCUUUCUUUUCUCAGUACAGGAAAACUAAGCGAUAUUCUACCGACGCAACAGAGGGGCGAGGAGGCAAAGGAGCAGAGUCAAGGUGCUGAAGAAUCAUUUGAACACGUACCUCUGCAAUCUUCCUUAAGAGAGUUUCCACAGAGUGGUGAUAAGUAUGGAUCUUUCCACGCAGAGUCUGAACAAAACCUUGAAAUGAGUAAAACUAAUGGGAGCAGUAUCUAUAUCGCACCAGAGAGGACACAGUGUGAGGAGCAGGAAAAUGAUGAGAUCACCAACCUUUAUUCUUCCAUUGAAAAUUUCCGUAGCCCAAGCCUAGCAGAAGAUGGAGGCUCAUUUUAUCAACUAGUUCCAGAUAAUGGUACAAGGAAUAGUGCUCUUGGGACCACAGAGUCGGAGAAAGAAGACAUGUCAACGAAAGAAGAGAGUCUGUGUUUUGCCGAACUGCCCACUGCGUCAACUGACAGCAAGUGUAAGGCAGUUACAGAAAAGGCGGCUAUAAAUGAGGAUGUAGAAAUUCAUCUCUCUCAGUGUACAUUGCAAACUACGGGAGAUCAGAGUUCUCUAAUAACAGAGACAAUGCAGAGUUUGACUCCGGAAAUGAACUCUAAGAUCUCAGUGAGCCCUGUGCAAAACUCUGUGCAGCAAACUGGCAGUGUCCCAGAUGCAUUUCAGCAACCAAAUUUGACUGCUACGCAGGCUGAAAGUUCACGUUCCUCUUCGUCAAGAAACGUACCGGUCUGGGAAACAGUUACAGGGCAAGGGAUUAUGGAAGAACCCGAGUUGACUCUAAUAAGCUCCAAUGACAUCAGUAUUGCAGAAUCAGAUUUGGAAUUCUUUGGACAAGCAGAGAGCAGAAAGGAGAAAACUGAAAACUUGUCCUAUGUUGAUCAUCCUGAAGCAAUAAGCUGUCCCAUGCAGAGCAGAGAAUUUUUACCUUUAAAUUCAGAAGUGGACGACUCCAUUUGCUCUCAGCCUGACUAUGCAUUAGCAGCUUGGAGCACCCAAGAGGAUUCUUGUCAAAACUCCAAAGAAGAAGCAUUGUUGCCAGAGUUCACGUCUGCUACCGAGAGCUUGCAAGAAGCGUUUUUUAGGCGGAAGAAAGAUUUCAUUGAGAGAUCCUGUAAAAGAGUAGAGAAGAUCAAAAGUAGAAAGCGAAGUUCUGAAAAGCCUCCAGCUCAGGCAUCUCAAAAGAAAGAAGUACAUCUUCAUAAACCAAGAGAGAACUUGUCGCCUCCUGGUGCAGCUGUUGUUCAUCUGAAGAAAGUAGAAGACUUUAGAGUGUGUUCCGCAGAGGACAGGAAGGCAGCAGAAACACAGAUGUACCAACGCACUUCAAGAUUGUAUAAUAAUCUAGCCGAAGUGAAAACCAGAAAGCAGGAGAGAGAACGACGAGAAGACUACGCCAAAAACCGGGAAAGAGCAAAGGCAUUUCAAAAGAAAACAUUGGAAAACCUAAGAGCCAGAAAAACAGCAGCAAAAAAAUAAGUGUUCUUCAGAAGGGACUUGCAGCUGGAAGAAUUCUUCGCUGUAAAGUAAAAAAAUGACUGAAGGUCACCUUUGUAAAUAUAUGAUGUGCCAGCCUUAUAUAUAUAUAUAUAUAUUACAUUCAAGUCGGAUAAUUUGCCAAUAUGGCCAAAGCUGUAUAGGGUGAAUUGCCAUAUUUUCUACAAUUAUGACUUUUUUAAAUCAAGGAAUGUUUUUUUUUUAACUUCACAUCUCCCCCCCC